AUCAGAACCUGCUUAUUCAGAUGAUAGGCUACCUGUCAUUUAACACCUUUUAAAAUGAUUGCAAAUCAAAUUAUAAAUUAGACAACUAGAUUGGACAGAUUAUAAACUACAGUAGACAAAUUAUACUCUCUUAUCUCAUUUUUUCUCCAAAUCAUUUAUAUUUUCACACAGAGACUUAGCCUACGACUACUUCUGUCACCUCAGGAGGGUGGUGGACACAUUAUUUCACCCCCAUAAUUUCUAAUCGGUUACAAAUUGGUUUAACUGCCUUCGUGUAAUACACAUCCCGAAUUUAGAGAUUGAAAAACAAAUUGUUUGAUAGAAGUGCCUGGUGAUUUGAGGGCUAGUUGUUAUAAUAGGCUACAUUUAAAAAAAAAAAAAUCUAAAUAAGAACGAAGCUCACCUGCUUGAACUCAAAAUCUGAGUUUGGAGAAGCGAUGAAGUCGUUGUUCCACUCAUCCACACAGACGCAUUUUACGCUUAAAGUAGGCUACUUUACAGCUUAUUAUACGUAAAAAACAACAACGUAUUUUCCUUUAAAAAUAGGAAAUAAAAAUAGGUACACCUCAAUUUACAACCAAAUUAUAAGUGUCUUUGUUGACAGACUCAUGCAGACAGCUCUUUAAAGAUGCAGGCUGCAACUAAAUUAUUUGUUUCAAAAGUCAGCAAAUAACUUAAUCAAAUUAAUUCUCAAUACACAGAUCGGCGGUUUUCACGCCAUUGUGUGCUAACCCUAAACCCGGCCAAUCUCUUAUUGGAGAAGUCAUUCACAAAUCCUUCAAUGACGUCAGCGGGGUAUAAAACUGAGCAGGAGGUUCAGCUCAGCCACAAACGAGUCACUGAAUCUGUUGCGCUCGCUCACUCUUUCCAAAGGGAAAAACGCUCUGAGAAUUCGCUCUUUUUUUGCGACUAUGAGGGAAACCUGUGAUUUUUAAAAGGACUACAAGAAUAUUUAAGUACUGUUGGCACAAAGUCUCAAACAUCUUUUCGCUUGUGAUGCCCGCUGGGAUGUUUAGUAUCGACAGCAUCUUGGCAGGGAGACCCAGCUGCAAGGACUCGGUUCUGCUCCAUCGGAAUGCUCCGGUUGUGUUCUCCAACUUGACGGAAUCCUUGUACACAGCAGCUGGCGAUUUUAACGGACUGUAUUCGCACGCCGGACCUCCAGCUCCUAACUUACAGUCGGUAAAUGGAACCAGGAUAGGCUACAACAACUACUACUAUGGACAACUUCAUGUCCAGGGGCCGACUGGACCAGCUUGCUGUGGCGCAAUACCAACUCUCGGCUCGCAACAGUGCCCGUGUAUUCCUACAGGCUACGACAGCGCCGGUUCAGUACUUAUUUCUCCAGUCCCACAUCAGAUGAUGUCGUACAUGAACGUGGGCACCUUAUCCAGAACCGAACUACAGCUACUCAACCAGUUACACUGUCGGCGCAAGAGACGACACCGAACCAUUUUCACCGACGAGCAACUGGAGGCACUGGAGAACCUUUUCCAAGAAACCAAAUACCCUGAUGUUGGCACACGAGAGCAAUUGGCACGAAAGGUGCACCUACGCGAAGAGAAAGUAGAGGUUUGGUUCAAAAACAGACGAGCAAAAUGGAGAAGACAGAAAAGGUCGUCGUCAGAGGAAUCAGAAAACUCACAGAAAUGGAACAAAUCCACGAAAACAACCACAGAGAAAAUCGAGGAGGGCAAAAGUGACGUGGAUUCUGACAGCUGAUAUAUAGAAUAUGAGACCGGGAAAUCUUGCACAAAUAUGAUUCGGACUUUAUGUACAUAUUGUAAAGUACCAUGUGAGUAGGAGUGAAAAUGUGUUGUCAUGCUGUUGCACAGAUGUAUAGUAAAUGUUACCUUUAACAAUGAUAUUGUUAUUUAUAUUAAUUUAAAUUUACACAGACAAAAUAACUUGGAUUCUGGCCAUAGUAAUAUUACCUGAUAAUAUAGAAAACUUUUUUUUUUUUUUUUUUUUUAAGUCUUGUAUUAAUAUAGAGGCUACCUAAAUAAGAUGUUCUGGAGUGGGCUGUAACUGAAGACAUGCAGGACGAUACAUUUUUUGACAUUGAUUAAAUCAACGUUUUAUGCCGCAUGAGAACAAAAAAGAACAUAAGCAAAUAUUAAAGUAAUAUCUAAAAUGUUCGAUUUUAUGUAUUUAUUUAAAAUAUUGCAACUAUUCUGUAAGAGCAUUUCAAUUCGUCGAGUCCUCUUAGAAUUUGAUGGUUAUCAGCAUUUAUUGAACCCAGGAAAUAUGUAAUUUAGUUGUGUAGUAUAAAUGACCGUCAUUAAAUUUUCAUAGUAUGUAGAGAUAUCUCAUAAUUUGUGUUCGAGCUAAUUCUCUCUUUGGGCCUAUUCCAUAUUAUCUCAUAGUAAUUUACCAUUAGGUAAAUAGUAGAUGGCACACUGAUUGGGAACAAGUUUAUUAGAAAAUUUAGCUUCACAUGAAAAUGUCAAAGGAUGUCUCAUUUUUUUUUUUUUUUUGAUAAGUUAAAAAAUAAAAAAAUAAAUAGAGCUGAUAAAUAGCCUGAAUGUAUUGUCAUAAUUGACCGGUUAUGUCACACCAGGCCAUGCUGAUUUAAUAAUCAUCAGAGGAAUGACACGAAGUAGUAUUUAAUGGUAAUGGUAACGGUAAAAAGCACGAACUAUUCUUUUUAAUUAACCAAACAGAACCACUUUUUUUUUUUUUUUUUAAGAAUUUACCUCUUGGAUAUUUAUAUGUAUAUAAAUUAUUCUCAAGUAAACUAUGUCUAUCCCUAUUUAUAACUGUGCAGAAAAAAAUGUUGAAAAGUAAAAUAGCUAUAUCAAACGCGACAUCUCUGAGAAAAAAAGAAAAGAAAAAAAAAGACAUAAUCGGCCACAUUGUCUGUUGUUAUUGUCCCUGGUGUUCAACGAUAAUUAUUAGCCUAUAAUAAAAUGUGGUGAAUUAAAUUAAUAAAAUUAAGCCAGCAUAAUAGUUUGUUUUAUAUUCUAAAUACGAAUGAUUAAAAGAAACAUUGUUUCACGACACUUUGACGCUGUCAUGCGUUUAGUCAGUGUUGUGUUGUCAGUAUGCUCACAAUUCCACUAUGUGUGUAGCAUUCAGUACGCCUGUAAAUAUAUAUCUUUUCUUUUUCUUAGAGCCAUUUAAUCACACCGAAGGCAACUGAAGUAACCCGGAAUUACAACUGUUUGAAUGUGAUAACGUUAAAUUGUCGCUUCAACAAGUUGAUAAAAUGUUUACGAUAGCAUGUUUGCCAUUUGUAAAUAGAUGAUUUUUAAUUUAAGCCAAAUUUUAGCCAAGUGGCGGGAUUUGGGUCCAUUGUUUUAACCAAAUGUCUCACACUUCUGUCCAAUGGCACUUGCUUCUUACAAUUUAAUGUCGAGAUAAAUUCUUUUUUCCCAAAGUCACUUUCACUUUUAAC